CUUAUCUCUGAGAGAACGACUAUAUAUGGCUCAAAGGGGGAGCAUGGGUUUGAAGGUGUGGGUUUGUGUAUAUCUGAGGGUUGAGCUCGGAUAGGUGGAAGGAGGGGGGGUGCGUUUGGGAGUGUUUCCCCCCUCCCCUCCUCUCUCUCUCUCUCUCUCUCUCUCGCUCUCUCUGUUGUUGGAAAGUGAUGGUUGUUGGUGGCGGAGAUGCUGUGGCUGGUUUGUUCUAGGGGGGUCCCCUGUGCAAAGCGAACCCCUCCAGGGUGCGAUUUCGGCGUCUUCGGCUCCUGCGAUUGGUCAGCGCCUGAUCAGAUGGUUUUCUUUCCUUAUGUCCCUGGUUGGCACGCGGCCAUCCCCCUUCAGCUAAAACCCAAUCUCCCAUAUACUGCUAAUAGCUAAACCGCUUGGACUAUAAAACGCAACAAAUCAUAAAGACCCCGGGAAAGAGCAGGUUCUGCUCUUCUGCAUUAUUAUUAUCAUUAUUGUUAUUAUUAUUAUUAUUAAUUUUCCAAUGAGUUCUUAUUUCGUCAACUCCACUUUCCCGGUGAGCUUAGCCGGGGGCCAGGAGCCCUUCCUGGGACAGCUGCCCUUGUAUCCCACCGGGUACGCGGACCCUUUAAGGCACUACCCCGCCACCUAUGGACCUGGGGCCGGCGGCGUCCCAGAGAAGGCUUACCCCGGCGCGCCUUACUACCAGCAAGCCAACGGAGGGGCGCCUUACAGCCGGAGCCCCGCCGCCUGCGAUUACGGGACGCCCCCGGGCUUCUACCGGGAGAAAGAGACCUCCGCCUGCUCCCUCUCCAGUUUGGACGACCCGGCUCAGUUCGGGCAGGAGUCGGGCAGGAAGUCCGACUGCUCCCAAAGCAAACACGUCUUCGGGGACAGCGACGACCAGAAGUGCUCGACCCCCGUGUACCCCUGGAUGCAGAGGAUGAACUCCUGCAACAGUUCUUCCUUUGGGCCGAGUGGCAGGCGGGGGAGGCAGACCUACACCCGUUACCAAACCCUGGAACUGGAGAAGGAAUUCCACUUUAACCGUUACCUAACCAGGCGCCGCCGGAUCGAGAUCGCCCACGCGCUGUGCCUGACGGAGCGCCAGAUCAAAAUCUGGUUCCAGAACCGAAGGAUGAAGUGGAAAAAGGAGAACAAGCUCCUCAACUCCACCCAGCUGAGCGCCGAGGAAGAAGAGGAGAAAACGACGGAAUGAGACAGCAAAGGAAAGAGGAGAGAAAGAGAAUAUGAAGAAGGAGGACGAAAGCAACAGCAACAAAAUUGCAACAGUUGUGGGAGCUCCCCCAAAAGGAGGGGAAAUGGGUGGGCAGGCACAACCGAGGCACCAUUUGUGUAAAAAAUAAUAAUAAUACCCAAGACUGUAUGGAAAUGUUGGCCCAGCUUCCUUUUGCACCCUCAUCUAGUAAUCUGUCGUGUCAUAAACAAGCUUCUAGACCAGUUUUUAUUUCUCUACCCUUUCUAUAGCCCUUCUCCUCCCUUUCCGCCACACCACAAAUGGAUUUUGUGAAAACAAAAGAAUACAACUUUGGGUGUCCUUCUUGGCAUUCUUGCUAACUCUUGUAUUUAAGUGGAGGUGCUGCAAUAUAUGUGUCAGAUUUGGGGGGGUGUUGGUUGUCUUCAUUUUGUAAAACAAAGUCUCAUGCACGAUUUUCCUUAUUAUAUGUUGUUGGGUUGGGGUUUUUUUUUUUAAGUUAAUCAAACCCUAGGUUCUUCACCAUUUCAGGGGUUUUGGUUUGGUUUUUAAAGACAAAAAAUCUAUUGAAAAGGAAAGAACAAUGACUACCUAAAUAAACAAAGAGGGGUGUUGUUUGUUUGUUUGUUUUUGCCUUGUUUUAUUUUAUUACAGUUUUGUACAGUGUUGUGUUUGUAGUUUGUGUUAGAAAUGGAGAUUUUAAAUCCUCUAAUAAAUAUAUAAAAAAACAAA